GACGCUGCCGAACUGGAUGUGACCUUUAUCCCAUCGCUAUACCUCCAGCGCCAUGUCUGGAUUCUGAGAACCUUACGACGCGAACGUGUUUGCUCCGUCAUCGACGUCGGAUGCGGCGAAGGACAACUCCUCGAAUCGCUAUGCAAUCCCGCACCGCGCCUCGCGUCCCCGCCACCCCCACUCGACACAGAGUACCCAGUCACGGAGGGGGAACAGUAUCUACACUUACACACCAUACAUGCGCUCGACAUCUCCGCCGAGGAUCUGAAAAUCGCGAUCGAGUUAACGAAGCCGCCCCCUGUAGCCCCAAGCGGACCUCGCGACUGGAGCUGGCAGCCGAGAUGGGACGAGAUGGACGUGAAGGUAUGGUUUGGCGGGUUGGAGUCAGUAAAUAGGGAGAUGGAGGGCGUUGACUGCAUCGUGGCCAUGGAAGUCAUUGAGCAUCUCCCUCAUCAUGUACUCGACUGCUUCGCGCCGGUCUUGUUAGGGGCGUACCAUCCUCGCCUUCUGCUCAUGACGACCCCGUCUUACACCUUCAAUGCCCGCUUUUAUCCCCCGAACUUCACUGGUACACGCGGUAUCCCAGACCCCACCCACCGCACCACGCGAGUAUUUCGUCACCCAGAUCAUAAAUUCGAGUGGACGCCGCAAGAGUGCAAGGAAUGGUGCGAGGCCGCAGCACACGAUUGGGGAUACGAUGUACUCGUUUCUGGCGUCGGAAAAGCGUCAGAGAAUGACCCGUGGGGACGGGAUGCCGAUUGUGGGUUCGCAAGCCAGGUGGUGUUGUUUCGAAGGCGAGAAGGUGAUGAUUGGGUGAAGAAGCGAAAGCAGAAGAGUGAAACCUGGCUUCAAAAUCGCGUCAGCGAGGCGGCCAGCAUGACACACAAGUUACUGGUUGCGCACAAGUUCGCCAAACACGAAAAAGCGAGAUGCCCUGUAGAGAGUGAGCGAGUGGGAAGUACGGUCCAGGAAGUUAUGCUAGGCUGGAAGCAGGCAGAAGUUGUCGUUAGCGAACUCUGGAGGGAAGAGCGUGUCCGAGCAUCAUGCGGGGGCUGGUUGGAGGUGCUACUGGAUGCGGUCGUACGGAACGGAGCGUUUGAGGUGAGGAAGGAC